CAAAAUGCGAGCGCACAAAGUUUGGUGACAUUUAAUAACUAGAACACUUUCAAGUACACUCAUUAUCCAAACGUUCCUAAAGAGAAGUACCAUCGCUUCUUCAAAAGUAACUUCGUUCAUACGGAACCCGGCUUUCAAAAGGACUCUAUUCUUUGUCGUGGUAUUUUUGUUUUCGACUCCGUGGUUUUAAAGUGGAACAUGUUCUUUUUUAAAGUCAUGUUUAUUAUUCUGUUUAUUUUGUUUUUCCUUUGCUUUGGAAUGUGACAAGGAAGCCUUUUUGACAAAACCCAGCUUUUGGUAUGUGUGUGCCCUUUUUAAACGCUUUGAUUUAUUUUUGGGGUUGCAAGCAAACAUUACAAACAGCUUUUUUGUGAUUUAUUUUUUUGGUGAAAUAUCCACAGUUGCUUUUCUAACCGGCGCACCGCAGCUUUUCUUGGAGCUGGAGCUGUUUAUAGCAACAAUAUCACAUAACGUUGCGUUUGGAUGCACAUGUGUUUUUUAAAUCAUAGACAGUAAGCGGCACUUGAACCCUGCGAUGCAUAAGUUCUGCCUUACCGUACUACUCGUUCUGCGCGGGAUCAUCAUCUGCGUCUGUUCCAGCGAUGAACCGCAGCACUCUGGACUGUACAAGGACACGACUGUGACCUCAAUAGAUCCAUGUCUGCAAGUGAGCCCUCCAUGUAUAACAGAGGCUGAUCGCUUCAGCCUGGAGGCUCUUCAGCACAUCCACAGAGAGAUGGAUGAUGAUCAGGAUGGAGGCAUUGAGGUGGAGGAGAGUGUUGAGUUCAUCAUUGAAGAUAUGCAGCAGCAACAACAGGCAAACAAGCAUAGUAAACUCCAUCAUGAAGACCAGCAUAUCACUUUGGAGGAGCUUUGGAAGAGCUGGAAAUCUUCUGAGGUUCAUAACUGGACUCAGGAGGACGUAUUGAGGUGGUUAAGAGAGUUUGUCGAGUUGCCUCAGUAUGAAAAGGGCUUCAAAGAGCUACAUGUCAAUGGGAACACCUUGCCCAGGAUUGCUUCCAAUGAGCAAUCAUUUAUGAGCACAUAUUUGAAGAUUCAGGACCAGCAGCACAAACAAAAAUUCAAGCUCAAAGCCCUGGAUGUAGUGCUGUUUGGCCCACCUACACGACCCCCACACAACUGGAUGAAAGACCUGGUUCUGAUAGUGUCAGUCGUAAUGGGGAUUGGUGGAUGCUGGUUUGCCCGAGUACAGAAUAAAGCAUCUAAGGUACAUAUUUCAAAGAUGAUGAAGGACCUGGAAAGCUUGCAAAGAGCUGAACAAAGCCUCAGAGACUUACAGGAGCAGUUAGAAAAGGCUCAGGAAGAGAAGCGCACUGUGGCUGUAGAGAAGAAGAAUCUAGAGGAAAAGAUGAGGGAUGAAAUUCAGGGUGCUCAGGAAGAAGCUAACCGCCUGCACAGACUCCGAGAUGGAGCCGUGAGUGAACUCUCCCGUCUUCGGUAUGCAGAAGAAGAGCUAGAACAGGUGCGUGAUGCAUUGAAGAGGGCUGAGAAAGACAUGCAGUAUCUAUGGUCAGUUCCUGAAUCUUUGCAGCUGUGGCUACAGCUCACCCAUGAGGUAGAGGUCCAGUACUACAACGUCAAGAAGCAAAAAGCAGAACAACAACUAGUCACAGCUAAAGAUGAGGCUGAGAAGAUCAAGAAAAAAAGGAGUUCUGUGUUGGGUACGCUUCAUGUUGCACAUAGUUCCUCAUUGGAUCAAGUGGAUCAGAGAAUUCUGGAGGCCAAGAAUGCACUAGCAGAGGUGACUGCUUGUCUACGGGAGCGUCUACACCGGUGGCAGCAGAUCGAAGGCUUGUGUGGUUUUCCUGUGAUGAAAAAUGCAGGCCUACCCAGUCUCACUGCUACACUUUACCCAGACCCCAACUGGAUGCUAAUGCCAAGGGCUGCAAUGCAGUCCUAUCAAGUGCCUGUUUCGGUGGAGGACAUGGAGGAAGAAAUGCCACAGAUUAUACCACAGAUUCCUGUCACAGUUGCACCUCUGAAAUGUUCUCCACGGUCUCUGGUUCGCUCUCGCCGAUCUGGGCAUAUUGUGUCAUCACCUGUCAUCGUAUCACCUGACCCAGACCUCCUGAUUCCCAUACGAACUCCACUACGUCGAUAUGGAGAUGAAGAAGAAGAGCAUAUCAAAUUCACCCCUCUUGUGAAACAGGAGUCUAUGGAAACAUCUUCAGAUACAGAUUCCAUCGGGUCGUCCAUCAGCAGAAUGUACAGCACCCUUGAUGUCCCUCCUCGAAGAAAAUAUAUUUUCUCUGAUAAAAUGCCCCGAAGGAUCUCCCUGGAUGAAGAAGACAGUCCCUCGCGCAAAAUCUCAGAGGAGGAGACGGACGAGUCCUUGAACACCUCAAGAAAAGUUUCGCGAGAAGAACUGGACAUCAAUACUCCAUCAAGAAAGACAUCUAGAGAUGAACUAGAAGCCUCUGUUGAUCCUCCUAAACAUUUGAGUAGAGGAGAAAGUGAAGCUAGCAUUGAUUCAAGGAAAUUACCCAGGGAUCUACCUUUAGAUUCCACAAUGAGAUACUACUCUACAGAAAAGAUUUCUCCAGCAGCGAUUAGCAUAGAUAGUCAGAGACAACGAUCACUCAGAGAAAGAAAAGAUCAUAUGGACAGCCUUUCUAGAGUGAUGCCAAAAGCAGAACUUGAUAUAGAUACCACAAGUGGAACUAGAUAUUCAGAUGCCCUAAUGAACACUUCCAUUAAACACAAAGAAAACCUGGAUUUUCCAACCAAUAUCCAGCGAGGAAGAGCGUUUAGGGAAAACUCCUCUGAUGCCACUUUUGACAGUUCAACAGAAAGCUCUAAAAAAUUUAGGAUGUUAGGCAAAACAGAGUCCUCGAAAGAUAUCCCUUCACGAAUGAUGGCACAAGAUGAAUUUGUUGUGCCCACGGAUUUUGAAAGACUGAAAAUGAGAGACAUUUCCAUGGACACUGCUGCAAGGAACAUAAUAAAAGAGGAAUUUGAGAGAAGCAAGUCCUUUAAAGAGAGCAGGGACAUCCGCAUGGAAAUUCCCUCCAAAAAAUUCUCUCGAGACGAUCAAGAAUUGGCAAUGGAGACACAACGGAUACAACGCAAGAUAGACAGCUCUGUGGAAAUUUCCAAUGGAAAAAUACAGAGAGAGAUUGUGGGUCUAUCUGUGGAGGCUCCAAGGCGCAAGAUAUCACAGGAGGAGUUUCUGGUUGCAAACCCAGGACAGUUUGGCCCGCCUGACCUCACUGUCGGUUCCCUAAAACUCUGGAAAUCAGCUUCAGACUCGCUCAGCACACUAGUGUAUGACGGCAUUCUAGAAAAGUCCUACGAGAACCCUCUUUUGCCUAGUCCUGGGGAUUUCAGUCACACGGCUUCAGUGUCUUGCUCUACCCAAAGCCUGCUUGGAAAUGAAGGUCAAUCGGCUAAUGUGUCUUCUUCAGAAUCCGGCGGUAAAGACAAGGGCAAGAAAUCUUCAAAGCUCAAGAAUAUAUUCAAAAAGAAAAAGGAAAAGGAAAAAGCUAAAGACACAUAAAGGUCAACAAGAAGUAGGAAUUCAGACACUUUUAAAAGGCCCAAGUCUCUUCUUGGAAAGCUGCAUUGUAAACUAUAACAUAAGCAAAGCUUAACAUGCUGAAUGGAGUGUCCUUGGAUUUUCUUGUAAAAGGCCUCAGCUAAAUGGAUGCAAUCUUGUAAAAGAAAGGAGCAGAGCUGCGCUUUUUCAAGUUGGAUUCAGAGCAACUGUAUGGCGUAAGAUGUUCUGUCCAGUGAAGCUGUGGAAUGAGAUAUUAAUUGCACAUUUUUCUUUCGUUUUUGAGGAUAAGCUCAUCAUUUGAACAAUUUAUGACAUGGACAUGUGAACUUUCUGCUCCGAUGUAUUGAGACUUUUGCAUAUUAACAGAUCAUUGUAGCAUUGAAGAAAUGAACGCAACAUGCUUCACUUUAUUUAUUUGAUUUACUUUUCACAAAAUGUCAUUAAAAAUAAUUCAGACAAAAGACAGAACAAAACCAAAUAAUUACUAAAACUAAUAUACUGAAUUUACUACAGGACGAGCAAUAUUGUAUAAAAAUUAGGCUAUUAUUAAUAAAUGUGGUUUGGUUUGUAAUUAAUUGCUAUUUAAUACAUGUUUAUUUAUUUAUAGAUUUAUUUACAAUUUGGAGGGUUUUUUUUUGUACAAUUUUGCUAGUCCUCCAUAUUAUGCAGAGUUUAACAGCUGCAGUUUAAUGAAGGAGGAUGGUAUUUGUAUUUAAUUAUAUGUUAUAUCAGGCAUCCCUAGUAAAAUAUAUAUACUAAAAUGUAUUUACAAUACAUUUAUUUCAUGCUAAGUACACUACAAAUAAAUGUACAUAUUAUGUACUUAAUAAAAACACCCUGCAAUUGUACUUUUAGUAUACUAAACUGUUAUAUUUAAAAUCUGCUAAAUCGGAGCAACUUAUUUCGCACUCAAUGCACUUUAAUUGUGUGGAAGUGGUGCUGAAGUCCAACUAAAGAUAUACGUAAGUGUAUUUGAUUGUGCUAAAGUGGAACUAUUGCAGGUAUACUUUAGGUACACUUGAGAAAUUUUACAUUUAAAGACUGAUUUUAUUUAAAGAUCAUACGAUCUGCAUUAUCAAUAGUGACAUUAAAACAUAUUUUAGGCUUAAUAUUAAGAAAUGUGCAUUGUGCACAAGCAGUACUCCAAAUAUGAUUUAGUUACAAUUUUUAUAUCAGUUUUGAGCAAUAUGUAAGUAAAUAUGUUAAUAGACUUAUACUAUGCUUAGUAUAAAAUAAAUGAAUUUUAAAUCUAUAACUUUUUUACUUGGGAUAAAACACUGACAUUUAUUUUCCAAAAUGUAGUUUACAAACCUUGACCUUGACACAGAUUGUAUGACUUAUAUAUGUAUUAUGGUGGUGUCUGUCUGAUUUUAUUGUACAGCAUAUGGGGCAACAUUUUUUUUUUUCAGUA